AUGAGUCUGGAGGAGAUGCUAAAAAAGAUUAUGGCUGAUCAAGCCCAGUUAGCUGCUGAUGUAAGGAAUAAUCAAUUAGCUACACAGAAUCUGGAGAAGCAAUUUGGGCAGUUUGCUAGUGCCCAAAAUUCACGACCGCAAGGAGGUUUGCCUGGAAACACUAACCCAAAUCCUAAACAGGUGAAUGCAGUAAGCACACGCAGUGGUUUGCAAUUGGAGAAGUUUACUGCUAAGGAAAGAAACACUGAAGUUAUAAACACAGAGAGUGAACCUAAAGAGGGCGAGCUUAAGGAGAAUGAAGUAGUUGCACCGGAAGAAAACGUGCAACCAAUAGUGAGACCACCCCCUCCAUUUCCUCAAAAGUAUUCUAAGUACGUGAAAGAGAUCGUAGCAAACAAAAGGAGGCUGACAGAGUAUGAGACUGUGGCACUUACUGAAGAGUGCAGCUCUAGAAUUCAGAACAAGCUUCCCAUUAAACUAAAAGAUCCGGGUAGUUUUACUAUGCAUAUUACUAUAGGGCAAAGCAUCCAUACUCGAGGGUUGUGUGAUCUAGGAGCUAGUAUAAACUUGAUGCCAACUUCUCUGUACAAAAAGCUGGGGUUGGGUAAUCCUAAACCAACUACCAUAAUUUUGCAGUUGGCGGAUAGAUCUGUACAAAUGGUAUCUCUAAUUUUCCCAGUAGACUUUGUAGUAUUGAAUUUCAAGCCUAAUCCUGAGAUCCCUUUCAUCUUAGGACGACCUUUCUUAGCGACUGGUAGGGUAAUGAUAGAUGAAGCAGCUGGGAAGCUUACUAUGAGAGCUCAUGAUAAAGUGGAGGUGUUUGAUGUAUACAAAGCCUUAAAAUUGCCAGUUGUGUAUGAGGAGUUGUCUUCCAUAAUCGUGAUAGAUCUUGAGGCAGAAGCUAAAUAUAUUACAGCUAAGGAUCCUCUAGAGCGAGUGUUAGUGGGUGAUGACAUAUAUGGGGAUGCUGAGGCACAUGAAAUGGUGCAAUUCCUUGAUGUGUCUCUUAUGGUUACUGUUGGAGAGCGCUGGGAGCCUCUGAAUAGGGUGUUGGGUCCUCCACCUAAACCCUCCAUUGAAGAAGCGCCCAAGUUGGAGUAG